AUGCCCCCAGCGGCUGCGGUUGUGGGGCGGAGCAUCAUGAAGGCUUUUCGGCACCUUGCCACGCAGGACCUGCACACGCGUCGUGUGGAGGAGGCGUACCGUGUCGUGGUGGAGUGCGUCACGGCGGUGGACCCGGCAAUGCGGCUGUACAUGUUUGGCUCCACUGCUGUUUACGGCGUGCACGAAAAGGGUAGCGACGUGGAUUUUGUGGCGCUGAGCGAGACAGACGUGGAGGAUGGGAAGGGCGAGGACGCCGCGACGCAGGUGGCGAAGGGGUUGCAGGCCGAGUUCCUAGGAAAACUGGCCAAAGUGGUGCGACAGAAGCACUUCUCCUGGAACGUGGAGGAGGUGCGACGCACACGCGUUCCGGUGAUUCGUGUGAAGGGCGGGGGCGGUGUGGACUUUGACAUUACCGCGAACCGACGCAACGGUGUGCGCAACAGCGCGCUGUUGCGGGCCUACUUUGAGCAGGAUCCGCCGUGCCGUUGGCUGAGUAUGGGGGUGAAGCGGUGGAGCAAGCGGGUGGGGUUAAACGCCUCUGUGGUUGGCGGUAGCAUCACCUCCUACGGGUUCAACUUGAUGGUGGUGUACUACCUGCUUCAGCGCGGGGCACUGCAGUUCAUUCCCCCCACCGCCAUUGACGUGGCGAAGGUGGCGCCGGUGCCGCCAUACCUGCCGCUGGAGCCACCACAAAACGAUGGGGUGGAACUGGGGGAUCAGGUCUUAGAUUUCCUGCAGUUUUACAUGCAUGAAUUUGACGCGGCUCAUCAUGUUGUCUCACUGAGCCGCCCGGGCAUCACAACGAAGGAGCAGUUGAACUGGACAAAGGAUGCGGAGGAUCGCGCCCGCAUGAAUGGCGAGAAGAUUAACUACCAGUGGUGCAUCGAGGACCCGUACGAGCUGAACCUGAACGUUGGAAGAAAUGUGACGCCGCUGAAGCGUGACUUUCUUCGCAAGCACAUGGAUAAGGCGCGGGAAACGGCUCUUUUAACCUCUACCGAAUAG